CGCUGCUCGCUGUGUUUCAUUUCUUUUCGUUCAGACGCAGAGCAAGCCGGACAAGAACAUGUCACUUGCCUCAAAAGUAACUCUUGGAGCUUCAUGUGUGGCCACUGCUGCCAUUGUAGGAUAUGUUCACAUAAAACAGAAUAUUGAUAGAGAGAAACUCCAUGAAGGUGUCAUAAAAGAUGUUGAAAGACAACAGCGAAGAAAAGCAGAGAAUUUGUAUGUGUUGCAACAACAAUCCGAUCUGACAAAACAAUUAAGAAGAGAGCAAAUGGAAGCAGAGAAAAAAGGUUCAAGUACCUGAUACUACUUUUAUUUAAUCCUAUUAUGUGUACAUAGUUUGAGAGAUAAUAAAUUUUAAUAAAAA